GCGCCUCCGACGAUCCCCCGUCCAGGUCGGUGCCGAGGCGGAAAGGCGAUCGGCGGAGAUAUUCGGGCACCGCCAUGGCCAACAACGACGGCUUCUCAGGUGUUUCAAAGUGCUACGUGUUCAAAAGCCGAUUGCAAGAGUAUGCACAGAAAGCAGGUCUGCCAACCCCAGUCUAUGAAACUAUCAAGGAAGGUCCUUCCCAUGAGCCUUCAUUCAGGUCAGCAGUGAUAGUUAAUGAUGUCAGAUACAAUUCUUUGCCUGGAUUUUUCAGUCGUAAGGCAGCAGAGCAGUCAGCAGCUGAAGUUGCUCUCUUGGAGUUGUCAAAGUCUGGUGAAGUCAGCGAGUGCAUCUCUCAACCAGUUCACGAGACAGGAUUGUGCAAAAACCUUCUUCAAGAAUAUGCGCAGAAAAUGAAUUAUGCGAUCCCUUUAUACACGUGCCAAAGGGAUGAGUUGUCUGGUAGAAGGACUCUGUUUACAUGUACUGUCGAGAUUGGGGGCAUCCGCUAUAUUGGUGCUGCUGCAGGAACAAAGAAAGAAGCGGAGAUUAAAGCUGCAAGAACUGCUCUGAUAGCUAUCCAGUCGAGUGCAUCCGAGCCAUCUGAAAGACAACUUGUUGGUGAGUCUCAACUAACUGUCCUGCCAUGCAAAAAGCGGGGCCCAGAGACGGCUAGUGCUUCUGUUUCCACGGAUGCUGAGAAUUAUCCGAAGCCCAAGAAGCCUCGUAUUAAGAAGAAGGCAUCAAAAAGAAAACCGCCUAGGAACAAUUCUGAGCAUAAUCAGGUUGACUCUAAAAGUGCCGAAGCUGAGGCAUCUACUUUCCCGGUGAGACAGCUCGACAACACAGAAAAUACAGAUUCUGAAUUUGGAGAAGGUAAUGGAUCUUCUCUCCCGAUUGGAAUCAAGGAUCCAAUGAGGUACCCUCAGCUUGGAGGAUCAAGCUUUAUCUCGAGUGAAAUAGAGAGUGCCGGAGCAAGAUUUUACCAGCACGGUGCUAAUGGUUCUCAAUAUUCGAGCAGCAUUAUUGUCUUAGUAAACCAUGAUGCUCCAGUCACGGGAAUGUCUUCUACGGAGUAUGGAGAUAUCACUGCCUUUCUCACAGAAGGGAAAGAUGAAUCUCGGGCAGGUGAAGUGGGUUCCCUGUCAGAGAACCAUUCGCAUGCGAGUAAUUUAGAGACGUCAUCGACCAUUAUUCUCACGGGGUUCAACAAUCGGGAGAAAGAAUCCAAGAUGGUGCAAACUCGGGGGUAAAGCAGUGGAAGGAACCUCUGGUAUUGCAGUUAGAAUUAGAAAUAAUUUAUGGGUGGAUGGGUGGAUUAUAUGAGAAUCCAUUAUCUGUUAUAUUAGGGAGACAAUUUUUAGGAAUUAUUUCGGGUUCUGCAGAAUUGGUCUAGGUAUUUGAUCCUAUAUUGCUCGUGUUGCCACCUCGAACCCCUUUUUUGACCUCCGAGGGGGCCGUAGAUGAGUUGCAUUUGGAAGAAAUUCUUAUUACUUGAGGGGAAAAUUAUCUUCUCUGGAGUUUGAUGAUGGCUUGGUGGGACUCAUUGUGUAUUUAAAGAUGCAUGUUUUCCUUGCCCAUAAAGAUUGUCAAGGAAUUGAUUCUUGGAUCGACUAUAUCAUUACAUAUGUUGUUUCUUUUC